AUGGAGGAGGGGGAAAGGAGGGCCGAGAGCGAGGAAACCACAUUAGGAUGGAGCCAAGAAGACGGAGGUCUGGGGGGAAAAGCUGGCGAGGCAAGGAUAUGCCGCACGACGGAGCUGGGCGUGAGGCAGAUGUUUUCCGACAUGGAAAUCGCAUCGCACUCGAGCGACCUUAUCUUGGAAGCGGGCCACAAAUAUGCUCACUGGAGGCAUUGUCCGUGCUCGGAGCGGCCAAAAAAACAUUUCAGGCUUGGCGACGUGCACAAGUAUUUGAUGUCAGAAGAUGCCCGCAAUGAUGCUCGCUGGCAGCCUUGCCCAAGGUGA